AUGGGGUUUGUGAGGUUUGAUGACCCAGUCCUACCUAAUGUAGCAGGAAACCUGCUCCCGAAUCAUAUCGACCAAGGAGUGAACGGGAUAAGCGAAGGCAGGAACAAGAAGAUCAAAUCUAAGGUCGCAGAAGUCAGGACCCCAUUGAGACGAGUGUGGAAGGAGAUGGGAGAUAUAUGUGCAUCGGAGGGAGAAUCGACGGCGCAGAAUCAAACAGUUAACUACCCCGUGGUCAUCAUAUCGCGACUCAAAAAUAAUGAAGUAGGAGUGCAAAUGCCACCGAGAGUCAUAAUCCAAAGACCUACAGUCUUCCCCUAUAAAGACAGCAAAAGGGUCCCAUGGAAUUAUGACUGUAACGUAACGAUCCCAGGAAAAGAGAACCUGGUUGAUGCUUUAAAAGAGGAUCAAGAUAGGGGCUCUUAUACACGUAGAGGGAGAUGUUACGAUACAGUAAGCAAGAAGGCACAACCUGUAAAAGGAAAAGCCCAAGUGGUCGAAGAGAUGAAGGAAAAAGUAACCAAAUCUGAACUUCCUGUUAAUGAGCCAGUUAAUGAGGAAAAGGCUAAGGAGUUUUUAAAAUUCCUAAAGAACAGCAAGUACAGUAUAGUGGAACAGCUACAUAAACAACCAGCUCGUAUCUCGGUGCUGGCCUUACUCCUAAGUUCGGAAGUCCAUUGCAGCGCACUGAUGAAAGUUUUGGAUGAAACAUAUAUUGCCAAUGAUAUCUCCGUCAAUAAGUUAGACCGCUUGGUUAGCAACAUAAGUGCUGGCAACUAUAUCUUCUUCAAUGAUGACGAGAUCCCACCCGGUGGCAAAGGGUCGACUAAACCUUUACACAUUACCAUGCGCUGUAAGGGAUAUACAUUGCCAGGUGUACUGAUUGACAAUGGGUCGGCCUUGAAUGUCCUACCAUUGUCAACACUAAACAGAUUACCUGUAGACAACUCUCACAUGAAAGAGUGCCAAAACAUAGUGAAGGCAUUCGAUGGCACGGAGAGAAGGGUGAUGGGCAGAAUCGAGGUACCUCUUCAGAUCAGGCCAAACACGUAUGAGGUGGAUUUCCUGGUGAAGGAUAUCAAGCCUUCAUACAACUGCUUAUUGGGAAAGCCCUGGAUACAUUCAGUUGGGGCAGUGCAUUCAUCGUUGCAUCAAAAGUUGAAGUUGGUAUCAGAUGGGCGGUUGAUAACGAUCAAUACUGAAGAGGAUAUCAUUGCAACUGUAAGCAGUAAUGCGCCAUAUUUGGAGACAGAUGACAAAGCAAUCGACUGCUCAUUUCGGUCUUUGGAAUUUGUUAAUGCGACGUUCAUUACCGAGGGAAGUAAGAUUCUGACGCCGAAAUUAUCCAAAACUACGAGGAUGAGUUUACAGUUGAUGGUUGAAAAAGGGGCCUUACCCGGAAGAGGACUUGGGAGACAUCUCCAAGAAAGGGUUGAAACACCGGUAUUGAAGGACAAGAAAGACCGCUUCGGCUUAGGAUUUAAGCCGGAUGCGAGACAAAGGAAAAAAGAGCUGGAAAAAAAGUAA